UUGGCGCCGCGACCUCAUGUGAGACACCUCCUGCGCUAGCCAGUCCGACGAUACCUCUGCAGAGGGAAGCGCUAUGGAGCUCUGAACAUUGUUUUUUUUUUCAUUUCUGUCUCAUUUAACCCCCUGGAAAACAACAUUCGUAUCAAAAUUCUCGCUUUAUCUCUCAUUUAUUUGAAGCGUAACAGGGCGGUGCAACGAUGUGGAUCCAGGUUCGCACCAUAGACGGGAAGGAGACGCGAACCGUUGAGGAUCUUUCUCGACUGACCAAAAUUGAGUCUUUACGGUUGAAAAUACAGGACAUCUUCAAUGUAAGCCCACAACAGCAGCGCCUGUUCUACAGAGGGAAGCAGAUGGAAGAUGGCCAGACACUGUUUGACUAUAACGUGGGUCUCAAUGACAUCAUCCAGCUGCUGAUUCGCUCACAGACCGACCCUCCAGACAGCCCCGCCAUCAAGGACUCCUCUGGCGUUGCCUGCAGUUCAGCUCGUCCCUCUGACCCAAGGUCGGAAAGCCACAAUUCCUCAACUCCUGCCUCCCCUGCUGCUAUGGAAACCUCCAUCAAUAUGGACAAUGAGAGCAGCAGCGUCACUAUCAGCACUGUUAAUGAAACCAAGCCAGACACCAGCACUACCAGUAACUCAGCCAGUGCCAAAAAUGGGUUCAAGUCCUCCAGUCCGGCACGGGACACCCAGCCUCCCACAUCCAGCAGAAACACACUAACUGAUCCAGGAAUUGGUGUGUACAAGAUUAACGAGCUGGUGGACUGCAGAGAUGUCAGCAUCGGCGCUUGGUUUGAGGCCUGCAUUGAAAAUGUGACACGCGCUCCCAAAGGACAGAUAACACCCACCAAGGGCAAGGUGGGCCGGCCCCCAAAAAGGACUAAUGGAAAGCUGGAGGCCGAGCAGGGACAGGCCCACGGCCAGGGCCAAACCACGGACAGUAACAGGAAUAAUGUUGUGUUAAGCUCAGAGAGUAAUGGUGCCUCCACCUCUCAGACAGACUCUACAGCAGCUACAGAGACCAAGGAGAGAGAAGAGGAUGUAAUUUACCACAUUAAAUAUGAGGAUUACCCAGAGAACGGUGUGGUGGAGAUGCGACCGGUGGAUGUGCGGCCACGUGCCAGGACCCUGCUGCGGUGGGACCAGCUCCAGGUGGGCAUGCGUGUGUUGGUCAACUACAAUAUGGAGACACCAGAUGAGAGGGGUUUCUGGUUUGACGCCGAGGUUCAGUGCAUCAACCAAACCUCCCGCACCAAUAAGGAGCUCCGAGUCAAGAUCCUCCUGGGGGGUCCUGGAGAUGUGAUCGGGGAUUGUAAAAUUCAGUUUCUGGAUGAAGUCUACCAGGUGGAGAAACCAGGAGCUCGUGCACUCUCAGCUGCAGAUGGACAGUUUAAACGGAAGAGCGGGCCGGAGUGUAAGCACUGCAAGGCUGACCCUGAUGCAGAGUGUCGCUUUUGCUCCUGCUGUGUGUGUGGCGGGAAGCAGGAUGCUCACAUGCAGCUGCUGUGUGAUGAGUGUAACAUGGCGUUCCACAUCUACUGCCUCAACCCACCAUUGGCCACCAUCCCGGAUGACGAGGACUGGUACUGUCCCACCUGUAAGAAUGACACCAGUGAGGUUGUUAAGGCAGGAGAGAAGCUCAAGGCCAGCAAGAAGAAAGCCAAGAUGCCUUCGGCAACAACUGAGAGUCAAAGGGACUGGGGAAAGGGCAUGGCCUGUGUGGGGCGCACCAAGGAAUGCACAAUUGUUCCUUCAAAUCACUAUGGACCCAUACCCGGUAUUCCUGUUGGAACCACCUGGAAAUUCAGAGUUCAGGUGAGUGAGGCAGGUGUUCACAGGCCGCAUGUUGGUGGGAUCCAUGGGCGCAGUAACGAUGGCUCCUAUUCACUGGUGCUGGCUGGGGGCUUUGAGGAUGAAGUGGACCGAGGGGAUGAAUUCACCUACACAGGCAGCGGGGGUCGUGACCUCUCAGGAAACAAACGGAUUGGGGAGCAUUCUUUUGACCAGACGCUGACACACAUGAACAGGGCAUUGGCCUUAAACUGCGAUGCACCUCUGAAUGACAAAGACGGGGCAGAGUCGAGGAACUGGCGGGCAGGAAAGCCAGUGAGAGUGGUGCGCAGCUCCAAAGGGCGACGCAUCAGCAAAUACGCUCCUGAGGAGGGAAACCGCUAUGAUGGUAUUUACAAGGUGGUUAAGUAUUGGCCAGAGAUCGGAAAGUGUGGUUACCUUGUGUGGCGAUACCUGCUGAGACGGGAUGAUUUGGAACCAGCACCGUGGACACCUGAAGGACUGGAGAGGAUGAAGAAACUGGGCCUUGCAGUUCAGUACCCGCCAGGCUACCUGGCAGCAAUGGCUAACAAAACAAAGAAGGAGGCCUGUGCCAGACCGGGUCGUGGCGGGCGAAGUAAGCACUAUCCUGGGAGGGGAAGGCCACGGAGACAACGCAAGAUCAAGGAGAAAGAGGAGAAUGGCGAGGAAGAGGAGGAGGAGCAGCUAAUGGCCUGCGUGGAUGAAGAAGAGCCACAGAGUAAUGGAGAGCAGAAGACAACCAGAGAGUCAUCACCAGCGGCAGAGCCUCCCUCUAAACGGGUGAAGAUAGAGGAGACGUUCCAGCUGUCAGAGCAGCAGCAGCAGCUGAUCCGGCAGGACACAGCCAACAAGAAACUCUGGGAUGAAGCCAUGGAAAACCUUAAAGAGGGACCUAAUUUCCUGCGCAAGAUGGAGCAGAUCUUCAUGUGUGUGUGCUGCCAGGAGCUGGCGUUCCAACCAAUCACCACCGUCUGCUCGCACAAUGUGUGCAAGACUUGUCUCCAGCGGUCGUUCCGAGCGAAGGUGUACACCUGCCCUGCCUGCCGCCACGACUUGGGCAAAGACUACAUCAUGACCCAAAACGUGACGCUUCAGAUGCUGCUUGACCAGUUCUUUCCCGGCUACAGCAAGGGCCGAUGAGGUCAAAAUCACAUUUAUGAGUAGAAUUCGUACAUACACGCACAUUAAGCAUCCAUUCUGUGCACCCACCUAUACCGUCAAGUACCUAGAGCUCCACUUUAAAACGCAUUGCGCACACAUACUGUACUUACCCACGGGCUAAUGUAUAUUGCAUAUACAGCCAUUUAUGUAUACAAUCAUUCAUACACAAACAACCUCAAUAGGGACUGACCUCAUCUGUUGAACUUGGACUGUCUCCAUUAACAUCACCAGCCUAAAAUUCAACCAAGGACAUUUUUUUAACCCCCUUACUCCUUCCACACAAAGGCAAACGCACAAAAGGAGUCCUGAUUCACACCCUCCUGGCCACCUCAUGAUAUUAACUCUUUUGUUGUUGUUGUUGUUGUUGUUGUUUUGCCAUUCCUCUUUGUUGUCCACUGGUUCCACAAAUUGACACACGGCACAUUGUUUGAGUGCAAAUUUCUCCUCCCCCCCGUCGAUAUCAUGAAUCAACCGUUAGUCUCCUGCCAACCUGUACACAUUUUGUGUACCAUGUAUGCAGUUUUACACCAAAAUACUUGGCUGAGCUGCUUCAUAUAUGUGCAGUAUUUAACUCAGCUGGCAAGUAAAGGUGCUAGUUUAAUAUGGUGUAGGCACACAACAGGACUGGCAAUUUUACAUGGUUACUGAAGACACACAUAACACCUCCUGAACAAUUUUAAAUAUGAGCGAGUAGGUCAUGUGACUGACAUAUGCCCACAGAGUUGCCUUGUAAGUGAAAGGUAAAAUUAGGAAAGUAUUUAUACAUGGAAAUGAAGCACACAAUGUUUUAUGCCCUUGAAGCACUUUAUCAAUGACAUGUGCAGCGAACAUAUUUUGUAAGGUUAAUCAGGAGCACACGCUAGCAUCCUGCUAGCUGCUCGUGUCACUUGGAAUAAUGCCAUUGCCAUGCCGUGAGCUAACAAGAAUAGCAAAUGUCUCACCAGAGAUAAAUUUCAGUGCAUUUGCAAAAAGCAGAAAUUUUGGCAGCUGUGUCUGGUCUAUUUGGAGUGUCAGGAGGCAUCUGACAUGCUCACUGAACAAAACAGUGAUCGACGGGCAACAGAUUUUAUUAUGUGGAGUCAAAAACAAAAAACUUCAUAAACAUACCAAAGACUUGAGGCUGUAGAACAGGUUAGGGGCAAAUAAUCUUCAGAAAUCUGCUUUUAAAAAAGGAAUUUCUAGUGAGGAAUCAUUCCUGAAAACAAAAUGCAAUAUAUACUUGUAAAGUAUCGCACUCCUGGUAUUAAAUCUGUACCAUAAGUGCUGCUGAAAACUCUUAACACUGUUGAAAUCAUUAUUAAACAUUAAUCUCCGAACAUUCAUUGCGCUCGUUCGUGGUUCCACGUCUUCAGUCAGAUGUCAGAAACAGUUUUUUUAGAUGAGUGCGUUCUGGUAUUUCCCUUGAAAUGGUCUACCAGAGAAAUACUAUAAUGUUGUCAUGGAAAUUAAAGAUGCAUGCAGUGGCCUGUAAUGCUUGAAAAAGCAUGAGUUGCGCUGCUUGCACAGAAGGGCACGCUGUGGUUGUCCCUGGUGUUACCAAGCAACCGCCAUCAAGCAGGACUUUCACAAUAAGAUGGUUAGCAUAUAUUGUGCUCAGCAGAUAUUCAUCCGUUAUUGUUCUUUCUGUCAGAUUUAGCAUAAUGCUCACUGCAGAGCGAGCUCUGGGUAGUCUGGUAAGUGAUUGCAUAGCCAGGAUGAUGCGAUGUGAGUUAUUUGUUGUCACAUCACAUCCAGAAAAUGGAGAUGCAGCCGUGUCAAUGAGCCUGGAGAAAAAAGGCCAUUUAUUUCUCUUCCCUGCCAAAGAGCUUUCUAAUCGACAUGAUGGUAAUGUGGAUUUACGCAAUCAGAGGCUGAGGGCUGCUAAAAAUGUGCAGUGUUCCUCAAUAUACAGUCUAUAAGCUAGCUAGAAAUGGACUGUGUGACCAGUCUGAAAAUGUCAUGUAUUGUUAUUCACCAGUAGGACAGCAGCAGAUGAAUAAGAGUGCCUUGUGGGACAGAAAAAACACUGUUCACUACCGAACGUUGGUAUCCAGUGCCCGGUCAGUCUUCUAUUGUUAUUAACUUGUUCUUCUUAACCAGAAAUUUACAGACAUAAAAUCCUCUUUUUAGGCAUUUGCUAUUUAAGCCGAGUUCUUGUAUGGCUGCUUGCUUUAGACAUUUAGCACUUCUUUUUUAAAAUGGAAAAGCGUUUUGUAGAAAAAAAAAAAUCAUUGUCCUGAAGGGAUUUGUUCACUGAAAAGUGAGUGGCUUUUAGUCGUUAUGGAAUAUGACCAGCUGUAGUGAGACAGGGAAGGGGGGGUGGGGGACACGACACACUUAGCAAAGGGUCCCUGGUCUAAAUCCAACCCGGGCUGAGGUGCCUCAAAAUCAGGUAUCAUUUUACCACUAAUAAUGAAAAAUAUAAACAAUACCCGUUAAGAGUACAGACAUUUCACUGGUGUAUAUCACCACAGCACAUUUCAUUAGUUUUAUUAAUAGACUAUUGAAUGUGUCAGUCAUCAUCAUUUGAAGUUCCAACCAGUUAAAGUCAUUAGACUUUAGACUUUAACGGUUGACUUUUAGAAAAAGAAAAUACCUUUCAGCUUGAAAACAAAACAACCGUUAGGACAGAAGACACGAGGCAAUGGACCUCCCAUGCUUUCAUCCGUCCAAACAUUAUAGGUUUGUAUUCCAGAGAGAGAGGAGAGAAAUCUGAGGUAAUACCAAAGUACACCUUAAAGCGAAGCGGCGUUUUUGAAACAAACUGGGAAAAACUGCAAGCGGAAACAGAUGUGUGUGGUUCCAAAGGCAGUGUAUCUUUCGAAAUGAAAGUAGUUCAUUUAUUUUGGACAUGCUGAAUAACACAGGACACAGUUUAUAAGGAUUUAGAGAAUGUGUGACAUAUGAAUAGUCACCUGAUGUGAUGCAGUGAGCCUAAGUUUGGGAUAGCGAUGUUGUCUGGCUACGUUAGUUACAUUCAGUCACAUCAGUGUUUUCACUUGUCAGUCAUCAGUAAAUCUGUCAGACAUCGAGGUCUGUGUGCGCUAAAUGUGCUGCCUAAAAACAAAACAGAGGCAUUAGGAGCUUACUUGUUUCAUCAGAUCAUCAGGCCUAACACAACAUGGUCCAGAACUGAUCAGCAGUUACGAAUACCCUGUUUAAAGGUUCUCCUCUUCAAACUUAGAAAUAUUUGCUUUCCUCAAAUGCGGCAGACCAAGAACCCCACAACUUUUUAAUUCUCUUACAACGCGUUUGAACAGAGCUCAAGACCAUUUCUUGACUAUUUGUAGCUACUUUUGUAUUCUUCCUUUUUCAUUUAUAUUACCCAUUAGAUUCAGCCUGAGUAGUGAGGAACACUAUAAGAACACGACCACAGCAAGAAAGGCCAAUGACAUAAUCUUAUAGAAUGUGGCUUCAUGUCCUUUAUACUUUGUUGUAGUUAUUCCCCAGAUAGUUUUAUUUUAUAUAUUACUUUUACUAUGUAACAAUGUACACUGCACCCAUACUUUUACUUACUUUUACUACUCAAUUUCUGAGUGUUUUCUAACGUGAGCGAGUGUCAGAUUUGCAUCUUUUCCAGUGCUGAUAUGGUACUUAAAAAUGUUCAGGGUUGGCAGGUCUGAUAGGAACUAAAACAAAAACAUCCCAUGGAGAGCAGCAGCACAGUCUCUGCUUUGAUCAGUGAUCUGGACAUGGAAUGUGCUCAAUUUCAGACCGUGCGUGUCUGAAAUAGUUUCAACUCUGGAGUGGGCUUAGUGGGAAAAUGUAGCCCUCGUUCAUCGACACGAUGUCGUUCACCUGUAACAGCCUUCAAGGCAAAGCCAUGUAUGGCGCAGAGCCGAGCUGAGAUAACAUGCUGCUUUAUCACAUCAGUUACUGUUCUGUUCCGAUCAGAAGCGAAAGCUCUCUGUCUGAUCCCGACUCGGUUCUUACCGUCACUUCCCCCCCACCUUCUCUCAUUGGCCGGCUGUUUGUUUGUGGUGAUGUCCUUGUUUCUAUUCAAACAUUCAGGAUUUCUUUUUUCUUUUUUUUUUUAUUGUUAUUCAACAACAUGCAAGUACAAAUGCUACUAUGGUCUUUAAAGCUAACUGUGAUGUGCAUUACUUCCACUGUUGCUCAGUCUUGUUCAAAGAUUUUUUUCUUCCUGCAUUGACUGGCAAGCUAAUAGCUCUCGUUUCUUUCUCCGCUGUGACCUUGGCGCCCUCUCCUCUCUUUCCGUAGACUUCUGCCCCCCCCCCACACACCCCCCGUGAAUCUACAGUACUAACAAUUUUUAGACGUCUUGUGGAGGCUUGGCUUCAGUGCUGUGUUGUUUUUUUGUUUUUUAUUGCACUCUGUUGAGGAAAAUAAAAAGUUUGGAAAAAGUUGCAUUUAAUUUUCCUAGAAUGCUUACUAUGAUCUAUGUCUGUAUGCCAUUUUUCUACCAUUUUAGUUGAUUCUCUUCUACUUUAAUCAUUAGUCGUUUUUAUGUGGCGACCUCAAACAUUUGCAGCAUAUGCCAGUCUGAGGAGUUUCAUUGCUUCAUAUUGUGAUCUGAAAUUUUAUACAUGUCAUAAUACUUGAUAUGUACCUAUUAAAUAUUUGGGUUCCAGAAAAA